CACACAAAAAAAUAACUAAAGCAAGAAAAUAACUAAAGAAGCCAAGAUGAUGGAACUGCAGAUAGACGAGGUGGUGUACCAGGACGACUACGGCUCUGGCACCGUGAUGUCGGAGCGGGUGUCGGGCCUGGCCAACAGCAUCUACCGGGAGUUCGAGCGGCUGAUACGCAGCUACGACGAGGAGGUGGUGAAGGAGCUGAUGCCGCUGGUGGUCAACGUGCUGGAGAACCUGGACGCGGUGCUGUCCGAGAACCAGGAGCACGAGGUGGAGCUGGAGCUGCUGAAGGAGGACAACGAGCAGCUCAUCACCCAGUACGAGCGGGAGAAAGCGCUGCGUAAGCAGGCGGAGGAGAAAUUCAUUGAAUUUGAGGAUGCUCUGGAAGCUGAGAAGAAGGACCUGCAGAUGCAGGUGGAGUUUCUGGAGCUGCAGGGGAAACAGCUGGAGCUCAAGACAAAGAACUACUCCGACCAGAUCACUCGGCUGGAGGAGCGAGAAUCCGACCUGAAGAAAGAGUACAACGCUCUUCACCAGCGCCACACGGAAAUGAUCCAGACGUACGUCGAGCACAUCGAGCGGUCCAAAAUGCAGCAAGCAGGCAGCCAGUCGGACGGCCCCGGCUGUGGACGAACCAAAGCAGAGCGCCCGCCGUCGUUGAGCCUGUACCCCAGUGGCGAAGGCAUGGUACGUGGGGGUCUCGGGGGGGCUAGGAUGAUGCCCGGGAAAGACAUCUGGCAGGUCAGCGAGCUCGGCCAUUCCACCUUCAGCUCCGCCUAUCAGGAGGAUGGGUCGGAGUCUGACUCAGUUGCAGCCACACCCAGCAGCACAGGAAGCAAGUCCGACACGCCCACCUCCUCCGUCCCCUCCGCCAGCGUCACCCCCAUCAACGAGGGCUUCCACUCGGAUUUUGACGUCAUUAGUGCUGGGAAUCGCCGGAAAAGUGCCAAGCGUCUCAGUCGGAAUAUGGAGGUGCAGGUGUCCCAGGAAACCAGGAACGUCAGCAUCGGAAUGGGAAGCAGUGGUGAAUGGUCAGAAUUUCAAGAGAUCAUUGAUUCAACCAAUGAACUGGAGGACCCCCGUGUAUAUGGAGGGGGAACCAGCCCCUCUCAGGGAAUAGUGAAUGCGGCGUUUGGCAUCAACACUGACUCUCUCUACCAUGAGAUCAUAGACGCCAAGUCAGACAUCAUUGGGGACGUGGAUGCAGGUGCCGAGCUUCUAGGCGAGUUCUCAGUUCGUGAUGAUUUCUUCGGGAUGGGGAAGGAAGUGGAGAACCUUCUGACAGAGAACAAACAGCUGCUGGAGACCAAAAAUGCUCUCAACAUUGUGAAAAACGACCUUAUUGCCAAAGUGGACGAGCUUUCGGGGCAGCAGGAGGUACUGAGGGAGGAGCUGGAGGCGGUGCGGCAGUCCAAGAACAAGGUGGAUGCCAAAGUCAAGGAAUUGGAAGAAGAGCUCAAGAGGUUGAGGGCAGAAGCUCUCGGAGCGUCUCGAGACUCCAAGGAUGAAGGAAGUGAUGAUUUUGCAUCACCCAUGCAAGACGGGGACAUGACGAUGACCCAGCGCCGGCGGUUUACUCGGGUAGAGAUGGCCCGCGUACUGAUGGAGAGGAACCAGUACAAAGAGAGGCUGAUGGAGUUGCAGGAGGCAGUCCGGUGGACAGAGAUGAUCAGGGCUUCCCGAGAGAGUCCUGCAAUCCAGGAGAAAAAGAAAUCCACCAUCUGGCAGUUCUUUGCACGUCUCUUCAGCACGUCGUCCAGCCCUCCGCCGGUCAAGCGGCCGUACUACAGCGUCAACAUCCAUUACAAGUCCCCCUCGCCGGCCGGCUUCACUCAGCGGCGCAGCCACACCAUGUGCCAGAUUUCCACCUCCAACCGCACGCUGGAGUUCUUCCCUGAAGAACUGGCCAGUAACGGUGUUGCGUCUCUCCUCAGUGACUCGGCACUGUUGGCCCGCCGAGAGCAGCGGCGGGAGCAGUACAGGCAGGUGCGUGAGCACAUGCGCCGCGACGACGGCAUCAUGCAGGCCUGCGGCUGGAGCGUGCCCUCUCGGUUCAAACAGAAUGGUGGUCAGACGGACAGCGCUCAGGACAACCCGCUGAAGAGGCAACAGACCACCAAUGAAAAAGAGGAUAACCGCAUGAAGAACGUCCCUGUCCCAGUGUACUGUCGCCCUCUGGUGGAAAAAGACCCCAACAGAAAGUUGUGGUGUGCAGCAGGAGUGGAUCUGGCAGGAUGGCGGGCCGGCAGCCAGGAGGCGCCGGCUAAAGCCCCGUCAGGCAGCAGGGACCCGCUGCGUGCCGAGGACGACGGAUCCGACAAAAAGAACAACCACACGUCCCCCGAGAAGAGGAAGUCAAAGGAGCUCCAGGAGACGGACACCAUGAACAGUCGAGUGUGGAUCCUCACCAGCACCCACUCCGCCAGCAAGGUGGUCAUCAUCGACGCCAACCAGCCGGGCUCGCUGGUGGACCAGUUCAACGUGUGCAACGCCCACGUGCUCUGCAUCUCAAGCGUGCCAGCUGCAAGUGAGAGUGAUUAUCCAGCCGGAGAGAUAGUUCUGGACCCGGGCGACGGUGGAGCCGGGGGCGGAGAGGACGCCGGGGGGGUUGAGGGUAUGUUGGCCGGCAUCACACUCGUUGGCUGUGCCACCAACUGCAGCGUUGCCCAGAGCAACUGCUCCUCACGCACUGACACACCCAUAAUGGACAAAGGACAAGCCCCCGCCGCUGCCCCCGUCAAUGGGAAGAUCCAACCCGCCCAGUCGGCCGAGGAAGCCACCGAGGCCACCGAGGUGCCCGAGCCGACCGCCAACCACGCGGGAAUGCGCCCCGGACCUCCCGGGCCCUUCACCGAGCACGUCUUCACCGAUCCCCCGCCUCGGCCGGCGGAUGACAGGAGCACCGGUCAGCCCAAAGAGGAAGCCUCUCAGCCCACGGAGUCCGAGGAUGGAGGUGAAGAAGCCAAAAACUACACCAGCGUGGCCCCCACCAUGUGGCUUGGGGCCCAGAAUGGCUGGCUGUACGUCCACUCAGCCGUGGGAAACUGGCAGAAGUGUCUCCAUUCCAUCAAACUCAAAGAUUCUGUGCUCAGUCUGGUGCAUGUGAAGGGUCGUGUGCUGGUUGCCCUGGCCGACGGAACGCUCGCCAUCUUCCACAGAUCAGAAGAUGGUCAGUGGGAUUUGUCCAACUACCACCUGAUGGACCUGGGUCGACCCCACCACUCCAUCCGCUGCAUGGCCGUGGUCCACGACAAAGUGUGGUGCGGCUACAAGAACAAGAUUCACGUCAUUCAGCCGAAAAGCAUGCAGAUUGAGAAGUCCUUCGACGCGCACCCCCGUAGGGAGAGUCAGGUGCGGCAGCUGGCGUGGAUCGGCGAUGGCGUGUGGGUGUCCAUUAGACUGGAUUCCACCCUGCGUCUGUACCACGCGCACACACACCAGCACCUGCAGGACGUCGACAUCGAGCCGUACGUCAGCAAAAUGCUGGGUACUGGCAAGCUGGGAUUCUCUUUCGUGAGAAUCACAGCCCUUCUGAUUGGUGGAAAUCGACUCUGGGUGGGAACGGGGAACGGUGUGAUCAUCUCCAUCCCUCUGACAGAGACGGUGGUCCUUCACCGGGGACAGCUCCUGGGUUUGAGGGCCAACAAAGUGUCUCCUACGUCCUCUGGCGGGGUGAUCCACGUCUACGGCGACGACGGCUCUGAGAAGAGCAGCGGCAGCUUCAUCCCCUACUGCUCCAUGGCUCAAGCCCAGCUCUGUUUCCAUGGACACCGGGAUGCUGUGAAGUUUUUUGUGUCUGUACCGGGCAAUGUCCUGGCCACCCUAAACGGCAGCGUUCUGGACAGCCCAUCAGAGGGUCAGAGCUCCACAGCUCCCACAGAGACUGAAGCGCAGAGUGUUCAGAACGUGUUGGUGCUGAGCGGGGGAGAGGGCUACAUCGACUUCCGCAUCGGUGACGGAGAGGAUGAUGAGACAGAGGAAGGAGACAAUGGUGGCGCUUCGCAGAUGAAACCUGCUUUAAGCAAAGCUGAGCGAAGCCACAUCAUCGUCUGGCAGGUGUCCUACAUACCCGAGUGACGCCCGGAUCUGCUUUGGCACUCCGCCCAUCCACCUCUUUAAAGAAAUCUCUGAGCUCUCCCUCACCUUGUAACUAUCCCCAGUCAUGUAAAAGUUCCCCUUCGGCUCUAAACAACCCUCCAAACCUCGCAUCGCCCCUUUGUAACUAUUAUAUUCCUUCCCGCCCCGCCACCUUCUAACUUUAAUGCCUUGUAAGUACCUCCUCUGAUCUAGUUAUCUGCCUGCCAUCCUGUUAGUCCCAAACAGGGCAUUGUAAUGAUCAUCAUAAGCCUUGUAACCCAUCCUCAGAACUACCUCCCUCCUCUGUACUGAUCUUAUACUCGCCGUGUAAACACAUUGUAUCUCCUCCUACAUUUUCCUUAAUUGUUCUGCAUCGACCUCAAGGGUUGUUCCACGUUUCCUUCCAUUAAUUUGUCACCCGUGAAAGCCCAGAGCCCCAACAUGCAUCGAAGACCCCCCCAAAAGAAUUGAAGCGAGAAAAAAAAAGGUCAGCAGGUACGGCAACGUGAAUUAAGACGCUGACUUGCAUUUCCAGCAGAAGCCUGGGUUUAUCGACAAGCCUAUCGCCAGUCUGAUAACCAUUUCCACCAUUAAUGGACACACUCCUGUCUGGAGCUCAUCAAUCAGCUAUCUUUGAGGGUACGUGUGUGUGUGUAAGGAAACGGCAGUCCCAGCUUUACCUUCACAGCUGGGGUUAAAGGUGAACGAGUCUGGCUGUUGAAAUUUGGAAGGUGAGGAUGAGCAGACACUGACAAAAAGGGGAAGUCAAAAUGAUGAUGAGUUUUUUUGGCUGCUAUCUGAAACACUUUGCAUCCCAUUUCUUAGUCAUGUCUCUGUACGGUGUCCUGAUUCAGGAUGGGGUGCAGCAGCGUGCGGCUGGAAACAGCGGACACCCCACAGCACCCCGGUGUCAGUCAAAAGGUCGGCGCACGUUCAUAUACGGCCCAAAAGGUGGAGUUUAAGGCGUUAAGGCUUCGGUUCUUAACUCAUUUCUUUCUCCGACUGGCUGUUGAUCGGACGGUUUGGUGUGAAGCAAGUGAACGGUGGCAUGUUACGAUAUGUACAGGGAUUACUGUAAAUCAGACACACUGAAGCCCAUCCUCUUUGUUCAGUGUGGAAAUUUGUGCAUUGAUCUUUAUCUGUGAGAAUUAAAUAUUAAACGUGUGCUGAAAGCAAACAAGUGCAACUUGGGGGAUAAAUAUUUUAAAAAGCUUUGAUUUAUUGAUAGGAAAUUCCAGUCCAAAGCACAUUAGUAAUAGAUAGAAGCAAAUGACACUUAACCUCCUGAGACCCCAGCUUAUGAUGGGCAUUUUUGCUUUUGUCCCAUUUAUGGGAUUAGUAGGACCUAAUAAGUCUGAUAUCUAGACUCUGUCAUAUUACAGAUAGUGUUUCCCCAUAAAGGGACAGAGGGUUUAUCUUUGUAUUUUAAAUGUGUAUUUAUAAGUUUUCUUUGCAAUUUGUUUCUCCAUCCAUCCAUCCAUCCAUUUUCUAUACU